UUGACUUUCUGCUGUGCACUCUCCAGGUCUCCAGGUUGACCUGGAAAAGAAACUGUUUGGACAGCACAUUGCCUCACUCAUCAUCCUGAAAGCUGUAAAUGAAUUCAUGAGAAACGACAACCCACCGAAGCCCCUGGUGCUCUCUUUGCACAGAUUGUCCGGCACAGGGAAGAACUUUGCUAGUAAGCUGAUAGCUGAAAACAUUUACAAGAAGGGAAUGAACAGCAGAUUUGUUCAUCUUUUGGUUUCCCCACUUCACUUCCAGCAUAGUAGUGAAAUUGAGACCUACAAGACCCAAGACAUUACCACAACACGCACUGCUGUCGUGCCCCUGUAUCCUGGAGAUGAUUCCAGUGAGUUCUUCCUCAGUUGCUCAGGUUCUGAUAUAGCAGCUGACUUCAGCCAUGUGCCUGAGGAUUGACCACAAGAGCGAAACACCAUUGCAGUCAUCCUUGAAGUAAACAUCUCAUGGAUGACAUUUCCACACAGCAUCAAGCACAUUGCCUUCUAUUUGGCAUAAUCUAUGCACUCCACCAGGAUUAACUGAAAAGUAUGUAGUACACAUGUGAAUUUAUCCAGAAGAUAUUGUUGAACCUCAGACAUCUGAAGCUCAGCCCAAAACUGUAAACACUAAAAAUAUGCUCUUUUGAGCGGUUGUGUUGAAACCAGUUGAAUAACUUAUAUUUCAAUAUUAUAUAUUAUUUCCUUUAUUUUUCUAUGUAAUAAUGAAGGUAAACUGACAAAACACUAUUCUAAACAUGUUGUGGUGCUUUAGAGAUGUCCAAGUCUCCAGAAAUGACAACACUUUUGGUUUGUACACAAUUCAGUGAGAUUGAAAAUCACUGCAGUAACUGUAAAAAUAACAGUCUGAUUUUUGUUUUUAGUUUAAUUUUUUUGAUGAAUUUCAUUUAUAAUGUAUUUUUGGUUCAGCCUUAAUAUGAGUAAGUGUUUUAGAGGGUGUUAAAUGUAUGUAAGAUUAGCUCUCUGUGAAGAUCAUAAGCAUUUCAUACUCGAGUGGGUCAGUAUUGUUUUGAUUGUGUAUUUACUGCACACUGUUACUGUUAUUUGUUCAUUAGCUGUUUUUGUAUUUGAAGGUCAAAUGAAAGCAUAUGACUAUUUGGAAGGUAGCAUAGGCUUGAUUUAGGUCACCGUCGGUGCAUGUGUUAACAAUAACAUGGAUUAGUAUUCUGAAUUUUUGUCGCACUAAUUAUUAAAGUAUAUAAAGAAAAUGAUCAUACAAUAUACACAACUGUGUAUUUAGUGUUCCCUUUGGGACAUGGUUUGGUUGAGUCAAAGUGAUUUAAUUUAAAAAGCUGGCUAAAUGUUAUCAUGUCUUUUGCUUUACGGUGUUAUUUAGGAACAUGACCACUGAGAAUCCAGAGCUUUCUGUUGGCUUAUAACCAGACCAAUCAGCUAUCAAACAUAGUAUCAUGCACUCACAUACGUUUCACAUUUAUACUUACUCUUUGUCACACACAAACAUGAAAAGCAGAAUUUUAAUUAUAAGAAGAUUUUUUUGGUUUCUUCUCUGUUAAUUUUUCAGUCAGGUUGCUUCUCUUUGCUGAGAAAUGCAGAACACUGAGAUGUGGUAAACUUACAUGCCUAUUAGUGUUUACCAAACAUGAACAUGUAACACAUAAUCAAGUGGACUGGUAUCCGGUAUGGACACACAAUGGUGGUAUAAUGAUGUUGAUUAUGAAAAAGUAGUUUUAAUGACUUUGGCUUUUUUAGGUGGUUCAUUUGGCUAAACUGCGUGCAGAGAUGUCCUACAUUUAAAUUAGUUUAAAAACACAGGAAAUACUCAUAGCUUAUACUUCAUCUUUCUGACAAACAAAGAAUAUCAAGGGCAAAUAGGAGGGUUUAGACAAGGGCAUGACUUGCUGAACCAAUAAAUCUGAAAAAUACAAGGAAUGAUCAGCCUGACGUUUUCAAAUCCAGUGCAGUUAGGAAUCUUAAUCCUUCAGUUUUCUCCCAUCAACUCACUGAUUGGCCUGGUUCACUGCUAACAGAAGGGUCUGGACUUGGGCUGUUCAAUAAAUCUUAAUAUUGGUGAACAUAAAUGACCUUGGGGGUUUUUGUUGAUGAAGUGAAUAGUUAUCAAACUUCAAAAUAGAUAUUGUGGUGCUAAAAAAUGAGAUUUAAGGAAACAUUGCCAAUGUUGCAGUGGAAUAGCACUUGUUUAUGUUUAUUAUAUUGUUAAUUUUUAAAUAUUCAUUUACAUUCAUAUAUUUCAGCCACAACGUUUACUCUCAGUGGUGUAUUGUCAAUAUUCUUAUUAUAUGAAGAG